AUGUCAACCUCACUCGAAGAGGACCGGUGGGCCCACAUGACGAGCACGUUCUCUGUCAUGGUCCCGACAUCCUCUACUCCCUCAGUCGGAGUCCACGUCGACUACUACCGUCCCAGCAAACCCGGGGUGCGCGGGAUCAGCGACUGUCGAGUUGCUGUAAAGUGGCCGGCAGGCACAUCGAAGGAAACGAUGGACCGAUCUCACCCCGUCUGGAAGCAGCUUCUCACGGAUCUCAUACACCACUACAAACAGCCGGUACCGUGGGGUAUUCGAUUCAAACCGGCUCUUGAGAGCUAUCUGAAAGACCAUGGGUUCAGCGAAGCAUACCGCAUCAAAAGAUUGAAUGGAAAUUCCAAAAAAGGGGAGAUCACGGAAUGGAAGGAAGAGGACGUCAUCGCUGCGGAACGAUCCACGAUGUACCCGGACGAGGUGACCAACCUUCCGCGCUGGACCUUCUUCGAGGUCAUCAAUGUCAUUCAGGGUACUGACGGCAGCCUCGUCGACUUCGGCAUAUCGAUCAGCCAACCACUGCAGGAACAGAUUCCGCAACAGCCCGCACAUACCACCCAGAUGACAUCGACCGAGCGAGACGUCUACGCGCUUUACGAUACCAUCGAUGAUGCCGCAGGCAGGUUGGGGAUCAAGUCUUUGCUUCUGGACUGGGACGGCCCUCGGCCGGAAGACGAUGCAAGCGCCCAAGCUGCCAUCAAGGACCUCUUCUUCCGCGUGCAUCGAGUCCUGAGCUCGAAACUCAGAUCGACCGAACAGCGGGAAUAUGCGCUUGACCUCUGCACGGCUGGGACAAGUGCGAAGAAAGAGCAGUUGCCGCGUUACACAUACACAGUCAAGAUAGCGGAUGAGAUGACAGAGGCGGAGAUGGAGGAACUUUACGAGGGGCGCACGCCGGCAAUGGACUAUUUGAAGAUGUCUGACGAGCUUCUUGAGGAGUUUGAACGAGGUGGUCUAGGAGCGGUCACUGUCAGAGAACUUUGA